UCGAAAUAAACGUGUUAAAAUUGUUGACAAACAAAUCAGUGCUGAAUAUCCGUUUCGCGAUUCUGAAACUCGGUCAGAAUGUCCACCACUCGGGCAGCGGACCUGUGCCGCGUAUGUGCCAACCCGCCGGACGGUACGUCAAUGUGCGCACUAUUCGACGAAGCGAACAAUCCCCGGGCUCUGGCCUUUAUCCUUGCGAGGGUUAGCGACCUCCCGAUUAUGACCGUGGACGCCGGAAUGCCGCGGAGCUGCUGCUCUGAAUGUAGGCGGAAGUUGGAGGAGGUCGAAGAGUUGCGGAAGUUGUGCCAGGAAGCGAAUAUGAAGUUGAGGAAGAUGGUGCAAGAUGAGCCGGAAGAGUUGGCGGUUAAGGAGAUGUGUCUGCAGGAGAUGGAUUCCAAGGACGACAUUGUGAAACAGGAGACGAGCUUCCUGUCUGAGGAGGAAGAGUGCGAUUCUGAACCGUUUGAAAACAGCGACUCAGACUAUGUCGAGGAGAAACCUAAGAAGAGGAAAUAUGUAAGGAGAAUCACGGAGAACUCAAAUUCGCUGAAGAAAACUAAAAAGCACAAAAAGGAAAAGAGAACAUACCAAUGCGCAACCUGCGGUCACUUCUCCUCCACCGCUGGAAGUUUGAAAGAGCACGAAAUCACACAUCGAACGCACUACCGGCCCCACCACUGCGACAAAUGUCCAAAAACAUUCGCCCGGCACACUUCGUUCCGACGACACCUGGAAACCCACGAGCCAAAGACCCACUCGUUCCGCUGUGAAGAAUGUGACAAAGCCUUCAGCUCCGACCGAGCCCGCAAGGAGCACAUCCAGGCCGUGCACAAAAAGGAACGCCCAUUCAAGUGUAAGCUCUGCCCCAAAUCGUACCCCCGCGGAUCGACGCUGUGGGCGCACGUGCAAGACUUCCACCACAACCGGAAGCCGUUCAAAUGCGACACGUGCUCGCGCGGAUUCUCCUCCAACUACAUUCUCACCCGCCACAAACUGACCCACGAGGGCAAGAAGCUCUACCAGUGUCCGCACUGCGACAAAAAGUACGAAUCGAACAACUACCUCAAGCAGCACUUUGCCGAGCGGCACCCGGAAACGAUGCCGAACGUGGCGCGGUGCGCGUACUGUGGCAUGGGAUACUACGCCGAUGGGCACUACCGGAAGCACGUGUCGCACAAGCACCCGGAACGGUUGGACGAGCUGCUGGAGCUGUUGAAGAGGAAGAAACAAGAAGAAGUGGGUGGUUCUGUUGUGGUUUAGAA